AUGCCCACUUGCAUCAUCUGCCUGGAGGUCCUCAAGGACCCGGCCGCCUUACCUUGCGGUCACGUAUUCUGUUACUCAUGCAUCGUCAAGAUAGUCCGGAGUAUAACUCCAUAUACCACCCACCACUUCUGUCCGACUUGCCGGCAUCCCUACACAGUCUCGCACGUCGAUCCUAACCUGGUCCCGCAUCACCUCCAACCACAUGUCUCCCCCGCCGUCCGCAAGCUUCACCUCGAAUACAGCGCCCCGAAUGCGCCGACGUCAGCUGCACAGUCAGCCGCCAUGGAGCGCGAUCGCUUGUACGCGGAAGUCGCUUCGCUCAAGGCGUGCUCUGUCGUCUGGCGCAAGCGCGCCGCGGUGCAUGCUGCGGCCACGCUGGGCGUAAUCGGCCUGGCCCGGAUGGCACGCGAUACCGCGAUGAAGAUGAAGACGGAGCGCGAUGACCUCGAGGCGAAGUAUCUCGCGCUGCAGAAGAAGUUCGAGGAGUCACAGUAA